UGUACAGCCCCUGUACCCAAGCUUGGGACACAAAAAUAGUUGACCGUUGAUUGACUUUUGUCCCACAAAGCACCCGGAAAACGAGAGGCAGUGUUUGUGUGGUGCUGCUACACCACCGACCUGCACCACCACCACAAGCGAGUCUAUAUCAGCUCAGCACACUGCUACCCGCUCCGUCACUGGCUGUGCUGCUUCGACCUGGGUACGCCGCCAUUCUCGCUGUCCUGAAGCUCCAAGUUCUCUCACACCGCUUCGCCUGAAGGAAACAAGUCAUGGGGUUCUUAUCCAUAUGCACCACACUUUCCACCAUCUUGACGAUGUUCGUGGGCGGCCUUGCCUACUUCCUGUACACCCCUGUACCUCCAGACGUUGACCAGCCGGCUGUCAUCCGCAUCGUGUCAGCCAUGUUCAAACUAACCCGUGUCUUGAUCCGUGCAGCUCACAUGCUUGGUGUCCAAAAGAACAGCAUUCAGCUGCAACGCACAAUACGUUCAUAUAUGCGGAAACUACCGGCACGGGACCGCCACCCCGAUAUGUUGGUCACAGAUCACGUGGUCGAUGGUGUAAAAGUGCUCAUGUACCGACCUUUGAGUGCACCGAAGGUUUCUCCGGCUUUCCUCCACUUGCACGGAGGAGGCUUCUGUAUGGGAAGUGUCGAUUCCGAGGACACUGUUUCCAGAUAUAUCGCUCGACAAGGCCAGAUAGUAGUGGUGUCGGUUGAGUACCGGCUCGCCCCCGAACACCCGUUUCCUGCUCCAUUGGACGACUGUGUGUCGGCGGCUGCUCACGUCCUGAAGAACGGCGCGGACUGGGGCAUCGAUGUCACCAAGGUGGGAGUAGGAGGCAUGAGCGCCGGGGGCAACCUGGCUGCCGCCACCGCACUGCGCCUCCUGGACGACCAGUACCGCCACUUGCCGCGUCUGCGGUACCAGGUACUCGCCGUUCCUGUCCUGCAGGGUCUGUUUCGGGACCUCCCCUCCUACUUGGAGUGCCAGCCGUUCGUUAAAGCUAUUCUGUCCCCCGACGAUAUGGCUACCUUAAUGCUGGCCUACGCCGGGCUGGACAUCUCGCCCUCCACUGUACGCCAGGUGCUUGAGGGCAGACACGUGAGGCCAGCGACGAGGGCCCGGAUGGCCAAGUAUGUCAGUGGGGUAGAAGGGAAGGCCAGCUCCCACAAGAAGCGGACAGGAGAAGAAGUGGAAGUGAACGAAACUCUCGCGGACGAGUUCGAACGAGUCUUCCUAAAUCCGCUGGCAUCUCCACUGUUUGCAGAAGAAGACCAACUGAAGCAGGUGCCGCCGGCCGUGGUGGUGAUGUCGCAGAACGACAUCCUGCGUGACGAAGCGUUGCUGUACGUGCGACGUCUGCAACAUGCCGGCGUCCCCGUCACUCCUCAUCUCAUUUCCAACGGUCACCACAUCUCAGUAUACGUGCCAGAAGAGGGACCCGGAUCUGAGGCUUGCAGACUCGCCUAUGAGACGAUCUUUCAGUUCAUGAAGGACAACGUCUCCAAAUAAAACUGUUGUAGAUGACACAUACACAUGGCGAUGAGGCUCCAUAUUUACAUACAGUAGGGGCGCGGAACCUUUUUUUCUGGAAAGGCCAUUUCGAAUUUAUUUUAUUCGUUGACCACACAAAUUUGUUAACUUCAAAAUUACCGUGCUAUAUUUGCUCAAACGUUUAUAUAACUGAUACCUAAAGUGAUAGCUGGAACUUUUUCUCUUGCACCACAUUGGCUGAUUUAAAAUGUGUUUUACUACUGUUAUUAUACAUUCAAUAAAGCUUUAUGUUUCUAUGAAAAAAUAGCUCAUAGAUUUAGGUUAGCGCGUGUCACCAAUACAGUGAAGGUUGGCCGUCUUGGGUUCAACUCUCGUCUCGAGUCCACUAUUAUUUCUCUGCAUGUAAAAUCUGUUUACUGUAAUAUAACUUAGUUGCUAGCUCGGUGUAAAACACCAAUGUCCCUUAACAGAAGUCAACAAGAAACUCGUUCUGGCCAAGCUUUAAUUUGGUAAAAUAAUGAAAUGCGAGAAAAUAUGGCUCAGCUCAAAAGGACUUGAGAGUUUGUGAGAUAGUCUCUACUAACAGAAAAUGCAGCUAUAAGAAAACACGAAAGGUAAAUGUAUAAAAUGUAUAUACCAAC